UGUAAAAGCAGACUGUGGCCCUCCCACAAAAAAAAAAAAAGUUUUGUUUCUGGAUUUGCCAUUCAUAUAGUUUUUUCAUCACUUUAUUUUUUUUUGUUUUCUUUAAAUUGUUCAGAAACAGUGCUGCACCUCUUGACAGGAGGUCAAGGGGUUAUAGGUCACCUCUCGAGGUUAAAGAAGUUGCCUGUUUCACAUUUUUCUCCUCAGUGGAACUUAAUGACGCCCCAGUUCCAUAUACCGAGUCCUUACAGAUCAGCGACUGUCAUCCAAUUCCAAAAGCCAUUAGGUCCAGGAUUUAAGUGUGGCUUGAGUGUCUGCCGUUUGGCACUUGGGACGCCAAUGCUCAUCUUGACAUAAAAGUAGGAUUAACUGCACAUAUUCAAACUGCACCUUUUCCACAAAAAUAUAUUUACUUCAUGAAAGGCUUUUUAUUAUUUCACUUUGCAAGGUUACUCCAAUAAAGUUUUUUCCCCCAUUUUUAUCAUUUUACCUGAUUAUCUGCAACUUCAGACAAGAUAAAAAAAAUAUAUAUAUAUACAUAUUUGCAGCAGAUGUUCACCCAGUUUCACCACUAGGGGUUGUUCCCUUGGGGGACUUCGAGUUUUCAAGUCAGGCUGCGCCAUUUUGUAGUGGAUCCUGCUCACAAAAUGGUGGUAGGCGGCCGAUUAACCCUUAGAGGACCAGGGAGACACCGGGGUCCAGAACAGGAGCAGAGGCACCAGCGGCCGUUCUGCCACUCACCCGCCAACUUGGAAGUAUGGAAACGCACUAGAGGCAAACGUACACCCCGAUGAGGACUUCACCCCCGACCACAGAGGCUGCCGAGCACACGCCGCAGAGCCAGAACACCAGGGAGGUAGGACCGACUGCAGCAAGGCGGCUGGCAGCAGGCAGCGAGGAGCACCGGCGGCAGACCGGAAGCAGUCGUGGACGAUUCGCGCCAUAGAGCGAAGAGGGGAGGGCUCUGCGCGACUCCCUGCACCUUGUUAUUGGUCCUACUCGGAACCACGCACACAUUUGCGGCACAUUGUCUGAAAAAUCCGCAAAAGAAAAAGAAAAUGGAGGACGGUCGUGCUCUGGCAGGGUUCCUCGAGCCAAGGGCGGUCUCAUCGCCGCGUUGUUGGUAAAACAGCCGAGCCGUUAUCAAGGAAGAAAGUCGGCCUUUGGAGUCGGAAGGGAAAACGGCACGCAAAUACAAAGGAAACUUCGAGACGCGAGGCGACGAUGGUCUCGAGGACGAGGCGGAGUAUUUGAACGGUUUCUUUCAUGGAUGUAACAGCGUGACGGAAAAACCCUAGUCUUUGAACACUCAAGAAAAGGGAGGAUACACACAGUCCCAGAUUCCUAGAAGAUAAUGGCUCACGAGUGGGAUUCGUAUUUUCAAAAUCUCCCACCACUGUCAUCGGAUCCAAAGACCUUGAGGACAUCGGAGUCAGAAGGAGAUCUUGCCCAACAUAUUGAGACCUUUGUGGGACAGCAUGAGUUCUCAAACUCCACAGGUUCACACAUUGCCCCUGCAACAGACUCUACCUUUGAUACAAAGUAUUACUCGACUUCCAAUGUUGGAAAUUCCACUUCUGAUUGUUCUUACGUAAGCUUCUACGAAGAGACACCUUGGCAAGCUGAUGAAGGACUCAUGUUAAAGGAUACCUCGUUGAGAUGUGAAAAUGCUGAAAUUAAAGAUGUACCGAUGAAUGGAUUAUCUUCGUCUGGGCCCUCACCAUCCUAUUCAGCUGAGUUACAAGGACUUAAGCAAAACUGUGAACUUUUAGCUUCAUCGCUUCUUGAGGACUAUUCGGAUGUCAGUAGUUGCUCGGACGCAGAUGCAAAUGAAACGAGGCCUUGUAAAUUUAUUACAAGUCCAACUCGACAGCCUAAGCCUGAUUGUACAACAAAACAAAGUCCAUCAGAUUGGCUUUUCACACACCCCGAAAAUGUGACAUUUUCAAAUGAAAUAAAUGCAAUUUGCCCAGGAUCGCCAAAACUGAUGACUGGAGGAAAUCUAGCCGAAUGUAUAGAAGAGACAAACAAAGAUUUCGAAGGAUAUGGGAGUUGUAACACCGUACACAAUCAGCCCUUCUCAGGGAUUUCAACGGGAGAGAGUGGGACCAUUGAAGAUUGUAAUGACAAAGAUGGACUUCCAAUCCAAGGACAAAAUGUAGAGCAUUAUCAAAUUGAGGGAUACUACUCAGACAUUUCAGUAAGUGACAAUGAAAACCUGACUGGCAUGGAGGAUCCCACAAAUCAUAUGGAGGAUCAAAGGACUGUACCACCUGAAUUUACAAAAACGGCAAUUGCAAAGACAGAAGAGGAGGUCUGUGGAUUGGAGAAAGGAACAGAGGAAACAAAGGAAUCACCCCCACUGGAAAAUGUCAAUGACGGCCAUAACAUCAUUGGACAGCAACAAAUAAAUACGACACCUGGUGAGGCGGCUUGCAGUGCUUUGCAACAAAGGGGCGAAAAAGAUUUUGAUUCUUUGGGCGAGGAAACGUUCAAUGUACCAAAGCAAACAAAUAUCGAAUUCUCCAGUGUUCAUGACGAAAGCAUGGAAAUCGACAACCCGCUAUCCGAUAUGGAGAUCAAUUUUCAGGACAAUGAAAUGAAUACUCACAGCCAUCAAAGCUUGGAUCCUCGGGAGUCAGAUUCUAAUAAUGCCAUUUGUGAGCUUGUGGAAUACACCAAUAUACUGGAAACCAACAGCAAAGAUAUUGGUUCCUGUUUACAGUUUUCAAAGAGUCCACCUUCUCAAAAUAUGGUACUAGACAAUAUUUGUUGUCCUGUUCCAAUGAGUGAUGGGAAUCUGAGUGAUGUCAGUGCCAAGAACGGUUUAUGUAGUAAUUCAGAUUCUUCUCUAAACCCAAAUACCCCAAGACCAGACAGUGAUUUGGUUAGUGACGAUCUGGGGAGUGGCAAUAACCAGCAAGAUAUCAUCUCAGAAUGGCAACAAGAACAACCCUGCCCAGGAACAGAAAUGAAUAUUUCUGAAGAAGAGGAAAUUAAUUGUUUUCAAGAGGAGGAACACGCAUCCUCUAAAAAUGCAGAUUGUCCCGCUGCGACUAUCGACACUUCUAUUUUAGAUGUGCAUGUUGAGAACAAACACUGUGUUUCAAAUGGUUUAAAGUCCUCCUCACAGAAUAGUGAUUUGAAAACUUUAGAUUGUACUGGUAUAACUAUUGACUCUUCCGUUUUGGAUGUGGAUGUUGAAAACAAACACAGCAGUUCAAAUGAUUUGAAAUCCUCACAGAACAGCGACGUCAACAAUGAUUGCGAUUCCGACAAAGAUAAGGACCCUGGGGAAAGCACUUAUCAAAGUCCAGAAAACUUACUUCCUCAAAAUCCAGUAGACUCGGAGCAAGAGUUGACUCAAUCCAUUGCUGAAAAUGUAAAAGUGCCAUUUGAAGGGAUGGACACGUCUGAGGAAGAAAAGUCGAUUAGUGGUGCGCAGUCUGUGGAACCCCCUGUUGCAAAACACUCAAGUGACACUGACUUGAUGAAACCUGAAGAAUCGAAGUGUAUUAUCCAAGAAAAGGGCAAUCGAACGGAUGAGUCAAAAGAACAAGGUAGCGUUCUAAGAUCCUCUUUCCAAAUGAGGAAACGCCUACAGCCUGUUGUAAUUAUGAAAAAAAUUGAGCCUGCUCAAAAGGAUUUAUACCAGUGUGCACUUUGCCAGAAAAUAUCCCACACUGUUGACCAUCUUAUUGAACACCACCACUUUGAACAUUCAGACCAGAUUUUCCAAUUUUGUAAAACAUCCAAUAAAUACCUGAUCAGUAAAGAACUGUCAGAGAAGUAUUUGGGCAAGAACACCGAAGAACCUCAACCUGCUUCCAAUUCUUCUCACCGAAAAAGGAAAUCUCAUCAUUGCAGCUAUUGCAAUUUGAUGUUCUCAAAAAUGAUUGUAUAUGUACAGCAUAUGCGCGGUCACACUGGCGUCACACCUUAUAAAUGCGAUGGAUGUGGCUUAUAUUUCGCACAGAGUUGUACCUUGAAGAGACACAAAAUCAAACCUGGCAGGUGCAGAAUUUCAAAACCAGAAAAUCCAGAUGCAAAAUCCAGUGACCCAGAAGUUAUUACCCCAGUAAAACAUGAAACUACACCAUCACCACCACCACACAGAGUUGUGAUAGAAAGAACGCACGGAAGAGUUUCUCAAUGUUACGUGAAUUUGUUUGAUAUCUGUAAAACUAAUGUCUGUGUCUAUUGUGGCAAACAAUACCAAACUCCGAGGAAAGUCAAAAAGCAUAUUUACAACAUCCACAAAGGAAACCCUACAGGUGUUUGGCAAAGUCAUACCACGAUGAAACUGACGAAGAAAACGAUUGGGAAAACGUUGAAAAUAUCUCUUGGGAAAGUGGAAAAUAUUGAAAAUGAGACAAAGCGUAAAUAUAAAUGUGUUCUCUGUCCACGAAUGUUCAUGCACGCCUACAAUAGAGGUAGACAUCUACGCGAUUGUGUCAGACUAGCUGUUUCUAGUAAUAAGGGAAAGGUUGGCGAUAAAUACAGUUGUCCCCUGUGCCAGUCUACAUUUACACAGGCAGGGAAUAGACACAGACAUAUUAAAACCUUCUGCCUCAGAAGAACUCUUAGUCAUUUAUCAAAAGAGAGUGCAGAAUCGGAGCCAAAGGUUGAGCUCAACAUUAAAGAGUCGAAGACAAUAGAGCAGAAAAAAGCGGACGUGGAAAACACGCAGACAGAAUCCAAUUCAGCAACUCCCAAAACUGAAGAAAGUACUUUCAAAUGUGAUGUCUGUCCAGCAGUUUUCCAGCAAGUGUCUGGUCUCUAUCAACACGUAAAGAGACACGAGUCGAAAAUCACUGGCAAAAUGAUGAAGUACAAGACUUCAGUUUUGUCCGGCAAUUCCAAGAUAAAACCUUUGAUGACAAAGACUGAGCAGACUGAGAACAUUCUGAAACCAGAUGAGAAGGACAGUGUUUCCCUGAGCUGUCGGUAUUGUGAAAAACAAUGUGACACGGAGCAGUCAUUGAAGCAUCAUGAGAGGUAUCACAGGGGUGAAAAGCCAUACCGCUGUCUUGAUUGUGGGCGAGGGUUCAAGAAAAAAGUCUACCUUGUGGCUCACAAAGUUGUUCAUCAGAGUAUACAAUGCACACUCUGUAAAACGAUUCUUCCAAAUAUCAGAAAUCUCGUCCAGCACGCUAAGUUGCACCAUAAAGGGAAAACGUUUCCAUGCCCCAACUGUCAGAAGGAGUCUUUGAAUGGUCUGGAGCUCUUCAGACAUCUCAAAUUACAUCAAAAGGAAGACAAGACGCCUCUUUUGAACGGGGAAACACUGCAGCCCUUGAAAUCUGCACAAGAGCCAAGUAAACAAAAGGAGCGACAAUGUUCCCUUUGCCACGAAGUAUUUGAUGACGGUCACUUGCUAAGGAAGCACAGUCUCACACACAUAUCUUCAAGUCAGUGUCCAUAUUGCAAUCAAAAUUUUAAAGCCCGGCGUUAUUUGCUCCUUCACAUGUUCAAACAUACGGGGGAGAAACCUUAUUCCUGUACCCAGUGUGGAAAAUGUUUUUCUCUAAAAGUGAGCCUAGCAACACACGAGGAAACGUGUGCGCCAACUCCAAAUCCAGAGCCUCCCGUACCCAAAAGGCAUCAGUGUUCAAUUUGUUCCCGAACGUUUAAGAAGAAAGUACACCUCAUGGUUCACAAUAAUGGCCACAAGAAUAAUACUCUGCGGGUCUGCAAAAAUUGCGGGAUGUUCUUCGGCAUAUCGAAAUUUGGUCUUCAUCAGAGAACGUGCGGAGAGAGCUCACAACCCAAGGAUAACUCUGGCGGCGACUCCUCUGAAAACAUUGAGCAGAAAACCGAGACUUUGAGUGAAACCGCUUCCCGUUCCAGUGCAUCGAGGAUGCUUCCAUUCAAGUGUUCGAACUGUACGAGGAGAUUCAGGUUCAGAUCAUUACUACUAAAACACAGCGUUUCACAUACUGGCAUACAACCGUAUUCGUGUACCCAUUGCGAUGAACGAUUUCCAUCCAAUUCACUGCAGCUACAGCACGAAGAGCGCUGUAAUGUUCCCAAGGAAGAGGAAUCAACUGUUAACGAGUCUUCAGUCGAACUGGAAAACGUGUCUGCUUGCGUGGAGGAAGAACCGACACCCCCGGAGAUAGCAGCCGAUGAAUACAAAUGCAAAUUCUGCACUAAGACAUUUGUGAAGCCGCGAAGCCUGCGGCGUCAUAUUUUGACUCAUAAUGAAGUGAACCCCUAUCGCUGCAAAGCCUGUGGCAGCUGCUUUUCUAGAUAUGAUUAUCUGAAGGUACAUCAUGCUCAAUGUAAAGGAAAACAAUUGCGGUUACAAAUCUGCAUUCCCAAAAUCAGUCUGGAUGAUGUUGGCAAGGGCUGGCAAAACAGGCUUAUCAGUAAACCUCUGAAACUGCCGCAGGGAUUUGACUGUACAGUUUGUUCCAGGAGCUUCCCAACUCAGUCUGGACUCUCCCGCCAUGUCAAAUUAUUUCAUAUUGUCAAAGUGUUUCGGUGCCCACAUUGUGAUGCAGGGUUUGCUCACAAAAGCUCUCUGGACUACCACAGGAAGCGUAAGAACUGUAAAAAAAUCUUCGAGAAACAAGAAAAUUCUACUCCGCCACAGGAUGAUCUGCCGUCGGAAAAUGUUAAGCCACUCCAGGAGGAACAAGAAGCAGACAAGCCCCUGUUUUAUUCAAACAAAAAGCACAAAUAUGGUUGUUGUUACUGCCCCCUUGCCUUUGCAAACAGUGCACGGUUAAGACUCCACACCCGGUUGCACACAGGGGAGAAACCUUUCAUUUGCGAUUGUGGCCUGCGAUUCAUCAGGAAUGACUACCUAAAACGUCAUCGUCUUAAGUGCACCGUCAGACUUUGUAAGAUGUGUGGCGUCGCGUUCCCCCAAGAGGAAAUCAACGAUCAUCAAAAAACUUGCACUUCAACGUCAGGCCAGUCAAUGAAGCGGGAAGAAUCUUCUCAAAACCUUACACAAGGCUUUUCCUGUGCUUACUGUUCCCUGCGUUUUUCGUUGUUUUCGCAGCUUCAAGAACAUUUUUUGAACGCACACAAACUGGAAAUGAUGGACCCACCAGCGUCCCUUGCUCCUCUUCAACAUCACCUUUCAAAGCUCCCGACCAUUAAAGAGGAUCGGCGUGACAAACAGCCCGAAGGUUCCAAUUUGACAUGCAAACUAGAUACCACGCUCGUCGGGGAGGUUUCUGAAUCACUGGUUUGCCAAGUCUGCAAUUUGUCCUUUGAAAAUAAAGCCGGACUAAUGGGCCAUUCCCGCACGCAUUCAAAGGAGAGUCCUUUCAAAUGCAAAACAUGCAAGAGAGGUUUCUGGAAUAAAAAUCUACUCCGCAACCACAGCAGGAAAUGCAGGUUUGGAAAUUUGAAUGCAAGUGGUCCCGCUCAGAAACUGGAAGUGUCUCAAAAAUCAGAUCCUAAUCUGACACUACCCAGCUCGGUUUUAGUGUUCACAGAUGAGUCACAAACAGAAUCUGGAGUUCUGCAGAGAACGUUCUCCUGCAAAGCUGAUUUUGAGAAGCCUCCAGAAAACCCUGCUGAAGAUGAGAUUCAAAGCGGUGCAAACAAAGAUAAAGUGGUUCAAUACCAAUGUUCGGAGUGUGAUUUGAGCUUCACGGAUGGCUUGAUGCUCAUCAGUCACCUGGAAGACCACGGGAGGGAGGAGCAAGCAAGUAAACGGAUAGCCUGUACAAAGUGUACACACGUUUUUUUCACUCAACCAGAUCUUGAGAGGCACAUGAGGUCUCAUGGUUUAAAUCAGAGUUUCUCUUGCUCGGCAUGUCCCAAGUCCUUUUACACAUUAUCAGACUUGGACGUCCACAAAUCAUAUCAUGACUUAACGAGGCCAUUUGGUUGUAAACUGUGUACUCACAGAUUCUGGUCCAGGCAGUCUCUCAGUAAUCACUACACUGAAGCGCAUUCCCAACACACGUCCGCCUGUCGUUUUUGUAAUAAAACCUACGUUAACAAGAAAUCUCUCCAGAGACACUGCAAAAAAUGGCAUCUAAAAGAGCAAAGGAACUCCGAAAGCAGUCUUGAGCAAAAACCCAGUGUAGUUUUCGAAAGUAGUGACGAUGGAAGUAACAGUAGCGAGGACAGCGACUCUGCGCCUUACUUCCCGUGUCACGUGUGCGGGAAGACAUUUCCGACGUCAGAAAACCUGGAAGAUCACCAAAAAUGCCACCUUGGUGAAAAACCCCAUGAGUGCGCGGAAUGCGGGAAAUGUUUUUUCCAGGCCUCCCAGUUGGAGCAGCAUAAACGCAUGCACAAGUCCGAGUUACAGUGCCAGGUGUGCGGAAGGGGGUUUGUGUCCCUCUUUGCCCUGCGGAAACACAAACACACUCACGGCAAGAGUCGUCCGCACCGUUGCUCCAGAUGUCAGCUCAGUUUCUCGGGGGCCUCCCAGCUCGCGGAGCACAUGUCCACCCACCGCGAAGAGAACUUUCCGUGCGACAUAUGCAAUAAAGUGUUCCCUUCCAAGACUAGUCGAGCUGAGCACAGAAAAGAACACACGUCGAGUGAGAACCCCGCUCCUUUGCCUGAAAAGUCUACCCUCUCUGAACGGUACCCGGAAAAGUUGAAAAACCUGAAAUACCGAUGCGGUUCGUGUUACGAGUGCUUCAAAGACCCGGAGGCCCUCUCGGAGCACGGGUGCAAAGCCUCCAAGGAGCGGCCGUAUUCCUGUUCUGACUGUAAUAAACACUUCCUCCACUCGUCCCAUCUGAAACAGCACCGGGUCGUCCAUCAAAAACCGACGGAUCGCGAGUAUUCAUGCAGUCGCUGUCGUACCACGUCCUCCUCCAUUGAGAACUUCCUAACUCAUCUGAAGACUCAUAAAAAUGAGAUUACUGGGACCGGAAAGAAUGCGGACGGUUACAGAUGUCCCAUUUGCAGCCAGUGCUUUGUCAAGGCCACCGAAUUGAUUUCCCAUAUUCCUGCUCAUUCUGCAAAAACGCUCAAGUGUGACGUAUGCAAAAUAAUCUUCUCCUCCAAAAGUGAGCGUGAAGAACAUCGGCAAAGGCAUCACGGAUCGGUUUCCGAGUUUGAGUGCAAGGGCUGCGACGAGAGAUUCUUGGGAAGCGAAGCGUUCCACAAGCACGCCUGCUCCCCUCAGCCGCAAGGGACGGCGGUGACCGCGCAGAAGCCCGGCGAGGGAAUUAACCAUCAGGAUCCUCCCGAAGAGGAAGAAAUUGAUGUCACGGGGGAGGAGUUGUACAACUGCAGCACUUGCGCAAUGCAGUUCCCUUCCAAAAGUAUUCUGCUGGAGCAUCAAAACAAAGUGCAUUUAAUUGAGAAGCCCUUCAAAUGCAAGCACUGCUCAAGGUCCUUUGCCUUCCGUCAUACCCUCCAAAGGCACGAGCUGGGCGUGCACAUGAAACCGGCUCAACCGGCGCCGCAAAGCCACUUCAAGUGCCCCCAGUGUUCUUCGAAGUUCUCCACGGCCCAGGAGCGUUCGUCGCACAUGAGGACGCACGCCGAACGGCAAGUCGGACCGUACCGCUGCGACAUGUGCUACAAGUCGUUCUCGCACUCGUCGCAGCUGCUGCGGCAUCAGGAGAGCCACGUCGGCCAAAUCGUGUACGAAUGCGCCGAGUGUGACAAGGCCUUUGCUUUCCCUCACCUGCUGGAGGAGCAUCAACAGACGCACGCUUAGUCCUCAAAACGGUUCCACACUACUACUUGAAGAACUUACACUUAAACUCCACCCCCCCCCCCACCCCAACAACACCACCAAAAAAAUAAAAAAAAUCUAUAUAUAUAUAUAUUUGUGUCAGUCCCUAUUGGUCUUACAUGUAUAAAUUCUCGUAUUGGACUUUGUAUCAAAUACCAAGACCAAAUCUUGUUCAUAUUACUGUACAUGGGUUAUCUCAUUUGGAACUCUAAAAUUGUACAUAAUUAUGUAAAACUUAUGAUUUAUGUCAUCCUGGUAUCAAGGGUUCAAUAUUCUGAAGACUUGAGCUUGGUCUACAAGGCUUUGGAAAUAGGUUUACGUCAGUUUCAUCUAAUGGAUAGUCAUUUUUUUGUGUGUGUGUGUGUAAAUACAUGUGAUUUAUUUUUUGUUUGUUUGUUUAAAACUGAGGAGGUUCCUGUACACUCAUUUGACAAAUGUUCGAACGGAAUCAGCUGAUCUGACCCCCCCCUGACCGAGCAGGGUCGUUUCGUUUUAAGGAUUCGGUUGGUUGACUCAACUGGGGGAAAAAGCUGAAGUUUUGCUGUUGCUUUUUUUUUCUGGAGGAAAAAUAAAUGUGCUUUUCUCACGGAAAUUGUCACUUUAUUUGACCGAACGGUUCAAAAUUUAAAAUGUCGGGUUGUCGCUUUAUACUUUUAGUCCGAUUGUGAAGGCUGCAGUGAGUGUUUACCUCCAUACGCGUAUAAAAAGUCUGUCGACCUGAUUGGUCUAGAAAAACUUGUGAAUACUUCUUGUAUAAUGAUGAUAAAUGUUAUUAAAAGCUUUUUUUAUA